AUGUUUGAAAGAAUUGGUUUACCAUGCAGUCAUUUGAUUCUUGCAUUAAAACAAGUUCCUGUGCACAAGCUGCCAAGGCAUCUUGUUCUGAAUAGAUGGAUGAAAAAUGCUGAGAAAAAUGCAACAAGAUUUGUUUCAAGCACAUCAAGUGAUGAUAAAGAGAAAUUUAGUGUUAUUGUGAAUGAUAUUUGGUUUGAUUUCAAUUCGUGUAUGGGGUUGGCUGGUGACAAUAAAGAAGCACUUGAUUUGAUUCAAAGUUGUCUAAAAGAUGUAAAACAGAAGUUACGUGGUUGGAAAUUUGAAGGGAAGCUAGUUGUGGGAAACAAGAAAGAUGUUGUUGAAAAGUUUAUUGGAUCAGAGAUUCCAGUUAACAUUGAAGUCAAGCCUCCAAAUUAA